AUGACGGCGUUGCUUGAGCAGCUUCAGCAUAUGCUGGAGGCUUGGGAUGCUGCAGAGGAUGUGGAGAAACUCUCUGGAGUAAUAGACGGGCCCAGCCAAAAUAGUCUUGAAGGCAAACACAAAACUCUCUUUAUAACUUCUGUAGAUUGCACAACAGAAAAGGAUGGGAGUAACACUGGGAAGGGAAGUACGGCGGAUCUUAACAGUGGCAUAAUCCAUAGUGAUAAUGGUAAUAGCGGUAGUGGUAAUGAUAGUUCUCCUGUGGCGGUGCGAGCAGCUGAGGAAUAUCCAAUGUGGCUGAAAGAAAUGGAACAUGGAGGUGGUAAUAAUAAUAAUAAUAAUAAUAAUAAUAAUAAUAAUAAUAAUAAUAGUAACAAUAAUAAUACUAAUACUAAUACUAAUGUAGAUGGGAGUAUGGGUGUUGCCCUUCCCAGCACGGGUGUGGAGAACUCACCCACACGAAAGCGCAUUACCAAAUUAGAACUGGCGCGGGCCGUACUCGCCCUCUUCACUUCCAACGCCGGUAUUUACCGCCCAGUGCUGCGCCGAACGCUCGGCUUUCUCUUUGAGCUCAUUGACGAGUUAAUGGAAACAGCCACAAACACCGUAAACUGUCAAACUGCUCCCACCGUCCCAAUGUGGAGUUCGGCAGAAAAUGAAGAAGUGGCCGCGGCACAUGAACGCAUGCGAGUGAUGGAGGCGCGAAUGGCGAAACUCGUAGAAGAGGCCUCCACCCAACGAGAUCAUUUAAAAGCGGAAAUUGCAGCUCAUGAGGAGCGAGAAAAAAAAUUGGAGGAACUUCUAAAACACCAAAUUGAGUUAUUGCAUAUGAAUGUUCUGCCUAAUGAUAUUGCAUUAGCGGCCCAAACACAAAAGAGAAAAGAUGCCCUUUACGUGAGAAGACUGAUUGCUCGUGCGGAGGAUGAAAAGGCAAUUGAUGAACUACAGCAGGAUGUGGAAUCUCUACAACAGGAACGGGCUGAACUAAGUCGUCGUGUGCAGGAUCUUUUAGAACUUAAUGGGAAGUAUGCUAUGCAGUGUAUUGAAUUAUCCACUCGUCUUUCAAUACUCUCUGAUCACAAUAUUGGUAUAGCAGUGGAAGGUAGAAAACAACAAAAUGAAAUUCUUCUUGAGAAACGUCGAAAUGAUGAACAUUUACGAGAUCUUCAAAUAGCUAGAAAUGUUGUGAUGGCAGCAUUUGUAAAUAGACAACAUGCAGUAGAAAAGUGGUGGUCUCAUCUUCGUGAUCAAAGACUAGAAAAAGCUGCAAAAACGCUUCUUAAACUUUCUAAUGAUUUUAAUAAAAAUUCAUCAUUAGAUAAAAUAAAAGAAUUUGAAGCAGAAAUUAAAGAAACAGAAACCGCAUUAGCUGCUCAAGAUACCACUAGUGAAAAAGCAGCUAAUGCUGCUAAUGCUGUAGCUGCCUGCUCGGAUGAUGAUAUGCUUAAUCAUUUAUGGCUUACACCUGCAGGUAAUAAUCCUUAUACACCAGAACAUUUACGAUCUAUUUCCAGUGUGGAGUACCUUCGUACAAAUCCACUUGUUGCCGAGCGUGUAAUUCGUAUGAUAUUAUCUGAAUGGGAUAAAACAGAUCCACGAGUACCUUUAGAUACUUUUACACGAAAUUAUUUGUGGAAAAUGUCAUCUAAUACAGAUGGGGAUACCUCUUCUUUAUCAGGCGAAAGUAAAAAAACACUUGUAGCACAUAAUAGAUCUUUACAAAUUGCAUAUGCUCUAGAUGCUAUUUCACGUGGUGGAUGUUGUGGAUCAUUAACAUAUGCCUUUGGAUUAGUGACGAGAGGUAAAGUAAAUGAAUGCCUUUUCCGUAUGUUGGAGUUUGAUGGAGCGUUACUUCUCUCUAUUUGUCGUUAUUUAGAUAUGGAACGAAAUACACAAGGUGGUUCGCGUGGUAUGAUACCAGUUGUACAGUUUGCAAGUGUUAUCUUUGCAAUGUAUCCUUCUUAUCCAUUAUUUCGCCUUGAGCAGAUUCUUAAUGCGGCCCGAAAUGAUGGAGGGAAUCGAACGCAAUCACCUGUUUUACUUCAUUAUACGGUUUUAUUACCAGAACGUAUGAAUACAGAUUCUGCAGCUGCUUCUGUAGAGAAUACUGGGGCUCUGUGGGAUACCACCUUUGCACACAUCUUAUUUAAAUGUAUCUGCGAUGAUGUUGAGGAAUCGUGGCAGACAGUGGAAGAUAGUUUUUACACCCACGCCAAACGGUACAGUGUGGCCAGCGAGUCUCAACUCAUGUAUAAAGCGUUUAAAAAUAUCCCUGAAGAGGAUGCUCGCAUGUGGGUUCCCGCACUCCGAGUGGCACUUGCUGGUUGGAGUGAGUUAAAACCAGAGAAGGCUCCUGUUGUGCUGGAGGAGUUACCACGGGUCUCCGUAAAGGAGGCAGUGGCUUAUCUACGUACACAGACACUUAUUCGUCGUGGGACUCGCCCAAUGUCUAGUAUUGAUCACACAUUAUUUCUUUCUGAAUUGCAACGACAAUGGGAUAACUUUGCAGGAGGACAUGGAAAGGUAGAUCUUCCUUAUUAUACUAGUCUUGUCGAACGCGUGGAUGAGAGGCGUCAUGCAGUGUGGGGAUGUAACUCCUCACUUACAGGGGAUCUCUUCCGACCCGUUGAGUUAUCUGAAAGGGUAACUGUACGUGAAUUACUGGAUCGUUUACACGACAAACAAGAAGCAGUGAGCUAA